AAACCUGCUCCUGCCAAAGCAGAGCCGAAACCAAAAAAGUUAGCGGCAAAGGAUAAAUCUGACGACAAGAAAGUUCAGUCAAAGGGGAAAAAGGGGCCUAAAGGAAAACAGGCAGAAGAGACAAACCAAGAACAGACAAAGGACAACCUGCCUGCAGAAAAUGGGGAAGCUAAAAGUGAGGAGACUCCAGCAUCUGACGCAGCAGUAGAGAAAGAAGCGAAGUCUGAGUAACAUCUGGUACCAAGUCUUUAAUUGGUGGUCCUUAGACCUUUCUUCUUGUACAAUUCAGAGGAAUAUUUUUAUCAACUAUUUUGUAAAUGCAAGUUUUUUAGUAGUUCUAGAAAACACAUUUUUAAAAAGGAGAGAAUCCCGACUCAACCCUUUUUUUUACAUAUUUAGAUAAGUGUAAAUGCUUUUUUUAAGUGGUAAAAUCAUGUACUGGUUGUCUGUUUUCUAUGAAACCAGAAAUUAAUGGCAUGUUACAUUAAGGAGAGGGCUUUGAAGCCUUGAGGCUUCACGUUCCGAAGACUGUGAGGGACAGUUUUUCUAUCCUAUUAAAUGAAGCAUAACACAGAUCAGACUUUGGAAUUCAUAAUGGUAUGUUGAGAAUGUCUUAACAUUUUAGUUAUUUAUCUUUAUCUAUGGUUGUACCAUCAGUAGAAUUGCUUAUCUAAUAAAACUGCUCCCUAGUGUUGGAGUUCUUGCUGAGUGAUGUAUAUCUGUGACGAAGUUAUUUUUGGUAGUUGCGGCUUUAUUUUUUCCAACAACUUUGUAGCUGCGAUGCGAAAGAUCGGAAGCUUUUAUUAGAUCUUUAAAUACUGACUAAGUAAAAGUUUCUGCUUGGCAGACGUAACUUACUAUGUCAGCAUUCGAGACACUGGAACUUCACAUCUGGUUUUGAAGGACGGCUUGUCUACAAAGAUCAAAUGAAAAAUAUUUGAAACAGUCUUAGGAAAAAAGCAGAAGAAAUAGUUUUUAGAUUUAAAAAACUAUGUGAAUAAAAACAAUUGUAAAAUUGUUCAUAGUGUCUGUGAUCACCAAACAAAAGCCAAAUAAAUCUUGAUUAUGAAAGGA